UCGUCCUGGUCACGUGAUCAAAACAAUCAUGGCGGCGUCCGCUGCAGUCCGGGCGAGCAUGGUGCUGACUUUGAGGUUUAAUCGUGUUAUCCCGCACUGUAACACAUGUCCGCUGUACAGACUAAAGAGCUGCAUCAACAACAGAGCUAACAUCCAAAGGAGAGAGUCGUUCGAUAGUUUUCGGACGAUAAAUCGACAUUUACAGACGAGUAGAUGUCUUUACCAGGACGAGGAGGGCAGUUCUAACACAAAGGAGCCAGAUGAUGUAGUCAACGUGGUGUUUAUAGAUCGAUCCGGCCAGAGGAUCCCAGUUAAGGGCAAAGUAGGAGACAAUGUGCUGCUUCUAGCUCAUAAACAUGGAAUUGACUUGGAAGGAGCCUGUGAGGCAUCGCUGGCCUGCUCCACGUGCCACGUCUAUGUGAGCGCCGCUCAUUUUGACAAGUUGCCAGAGCCUGACGAGCGGGAGGACGACAUGCUCGACAUGGCGCCCAUGCUUCAGGAGAACUCCCGCCUGGGAUGUCAGAUCAUUCUCACUCGGGAGCUCGACGGCAUUGAGCUCACCCUGCCCAAAGUCACCAGGAACUUCUACGUGGACGGCCAUGUUCCUAAAGCUCACUGAGAUGAGCUACAGAUGGAUGAGGAGGGGAAAUCGAAWAAAAAAAAUGAGACACGGCUGGUUGAGAGGAUUAACAGCUAGGACAGUAUUGUCUGUAGCUUCUCCCAAGAUGUUUUACUGACACUUUCCAGUUUAACCAGGGUCAGGACAGAGCUGCAGAGGAGACCAGGCAGAGCCGAACGCUACAAGAGUCUCACGAUGGUUCCAUGCAGAACUGCCAUGGUUUAGCCGAUAAUGUAUUUAUUUUUAUGAGGUGUUCUCAGGCUCUGUAGGCYGUCACUCACUGCUCAAACAUCUGGCAGCUCACUGAGGAACAGAGCCUGUCUGGGUGAAGGAAACAUUCCUCGUUACUACUUCUACGCGCACAAGCAUCACAAGAUGGCAAUCAUUUUGACCAGUCUAUUCUUGUCUUUAACCACGUCUCAUGUUUGACUUAGCGUAUCAUUUAUUUUUAUGUAUAAUGUUUAUAGAUGUUGUAAUAUUUGAUGCCAAUUUCAUAGUUUUGUUUGGCUCCAAAGUCUGACAGGUCAAAAAACACAUUUAUCAUAAAGUGACUGAUGCAUGUGGGCUAUUUGCAGYAAACUAGACUCAUUUUAUUACAUUUCACACACAUUUCAAAACAUUCAAGUACACAGGGUUUGAACUGAAGGCGGAGUUUUGAAGGAAUUUCUUCCUGACACUGAUCGAGGCUUCAUUAUGUGACCUGGAAUCUAGAGUUGGAAGCCGUCAGUGUUUUUUUGUUUUUUUUUUUUGUUACCACAGAAUAUGUUCUCCACAACUUCCUCUGACUCAAGUCUGCUGUACUUGUCCAACAUGCGCACAAAGUCUCUCAGUGGCAAAUGUUGAAAGUGGUGCAAUAAAAUGUGGUUUAACUUUGUAA